CACACACACACACACACCCCCACACACACACACAGACGUAUACGCGUCGCGCGGGUCGCAGACAGCACUUAUCAAACGUCACUCUCCUCAUCCCCGUAUCAUAUCGCAUCACCUAUGUAUUUUAGCACGUUCAAUCAACCUAUAUGUACAUACUUGUACAUAACAUACGCAUAUACAAUACACGCGUGUAUAUAUUCCGCAUAUACAUCGGCUCGAACGAAGUCUCAUUUGUUGCAUCUCCGUGUACACGAUACAGGGGAUGCGGGCGGGAGGUAACUACCCUAUCGAAUUUUUCAAGAAGAUAAUUCAAAAGCCGAAAAAAUGUGCAUCGCUUUUUUUAUUUCUCAUUUCAUAGUCUUCCACCUAUCGUCAGAUUUCCGCAAUUUUUCUCCCUGCUCGUCCGUUUCGUGACGAGUUUUCUUCUCCUUUGUUUUUGUUGCUUUUUUUUUUUUUUUUUUCGUACGAAAAUUCCAGCUCCGUGGGGGAUUUUAUUUUAUUUUCUAGUUCCUGCGAUUUUCUAGUUUCUCCACUUCUGAAAGCGGGUCAAAUUUAGCUACGUCGCGGAAUAUUUUCGUACGACCGCGAUCGGUGUCGUCCUAUUUUUACAACAGCACCGGCACACCGCCGCAGCAAUGGCAAGCGGAGCGACCGACCGACCGACCAACCAACCAACCAACCAACCAACGAACGAACGAACGAACGAACGAAGCCAACGAGCAAAAGCCACAUGGUAUACGUAACGUGCCAGGAAAUUUUAACGACACGUACACGAACACAUAAAUAUGUAUAUCACGCGUACGUGUUACGGAUACACAGUUGUACGUACGUACCUCUGUACGUAUUACGUAGAUGUGCGAAGUAAAAUUUGUUUUAUAAUACACCCGUUGAACGAUGUGGGUGUGUAUGCACAUACAUUUCGGUAUAAGCACGGUAGUACGCGUACGUGUGCGUACAUGUAUGUAAAUGUCUCUAGGUACGUAUGCGUGUGGGUGUACGUACUUGUACACCGCGAGCAAAAAAAUGAUGAGCCAAUUUGUUGCGCGCGAGACUAUCUGUAACGUCUUUUUAACUCGUAUAACAUAUUUCACAUUCAUGUAUUGAACGUCUUUGUUUUUAUAGGUAUGCACGCAUGCCUAUGUAUUUUUAAUAUUCUACUUUUCUCUUUCUCCGUUUGGUUGGCAAUUUCUUUUUUUUUUUCAAUAUUUCGUCUGCUUAUUUUUGAUUCUUUCUUUUCGAAUUCUUUUCUGCCCUUCUCUUUUUCAUCGGGGGAAAACUGAUGAAGAUUGUAUUUACCAGUCAUUUAAUAAUUGCUAUUUUUCGAGAAGAAUAAAAUAAAAAACUGAGAAAUUCUUGGACUUUUUCAACAUCGAUCAACCAAUAUAUUAUUCGCGUUGAUAAAUUGUUUCCUUUUUUUUUUUUUUUUCUCUCUUUUAAAAUAAUAAAAAUGAAAGCGACGAAAUUUGAAAUCCUUAAAAGCGACCUUCGUUAUUACGUCAGGCGACACUACACUAAGCCAAUAAAAAUAUGAGAAAACGUUCUUCUAAUUUUAGCAACGCCUGACAGUGCCCCUCAUCCUCAUAACUCGAUUCGCAAAUAUUUUCACUCGAAAUAAUAACAACUGUUAUUAUUAUUAUUAUCAUUCGCGUGUUAUACUGUUAUCGCGUACCGAGUUUCGGCGAAGCAGUGGGUAUAUAUAAUGUAUAUACCGAAUUCUCGUUAAAUAAACAAUAAAUGGUGCCUGCUACGAUCGUUAGGCUCCUACAAAUCCAGCUGCAAAGCUCGAAAUCGCCACCUUUUAGUAAAAAACGAAAUAAGGUUGUCACAAUCUCAUACAAUGCAGUUUCCUGACUUACCACAUUUGGUGAAACAGUUUUCUUGCUAUAUUUGUUCAUCUACUCAAUCGGCAACGCGGAUUACCUCAUAUAAUUCUUGGCGCGUCGGUAAAACAGAUCACUGCCUUCAAAUUUGAACUUCUCUGGAAAAAAACGUGGAAAUCAAAUUUCCAGUGAAAAAAAAAAAAUAAUUAAAUAAGAUGGGCAUUUGUGAUUUUGAGGUUUGCGAUGGUAAAGCAGGUUACAGCGCUCGAUCUUACCGACCAGUCGUAUUUCGUUGGUAAGGCAGAGCACGGUCAUAACAAAGAUGCAGUGGGGAGGUGAAAUUUUUUUUUCUCCUAGUCAUAGUUAGUCUUCUCUUAAAAUACUACAGGAAUUUAUUUACGCCAGUUAGUUCGCUGAAGAAUACUCAUACGGAAAGACCAGUGUGUGUCAUUCUAGAUUCGCUCUGACAAUAAAGAAUUGUAUUAAAUGUAUAUCAGUAAUUUUUAUUUUUCAUUCUUAUAAUUAUGAAUCGUUGUUGAGAGUUUUUAUUGUUUAAAAAAUUAACGAUCACAUUUAACAGAAUUUGUCAUCAUGGUGAACCGAGGGAGAAAAGAUGCACCGAAUUCGGACUUGAUUCAGGAUGCUAUGGGAAAUUUUGGGCCUUGGCAUCUGUUGAUCGCGAUAUCGGUAUCGCUCGUCAAAUUUCCCGUUGCUUGGAACCAGCUUUCCAUUGUUUUUUUGGCGCCACCGGUUGAAUUCAACUGCAUCGAACCGAUCAGUUCGACGAAUAGUUCGAUGUCGUGCAAAGUCGACGUUACCGGCCAUGGGAAUUGGCAGAAAUGUACCAAAUUUGAAUACGACCGAACGAUCUUUCGCGAAUCCAUAAUCACCCAGUGGGAUUUGGUUUGCGAUAAAAAUCAAUUGGCUAACGUCGCUCAGACCGUGACGAUGUUUGGUAUUUUAAUGGGAAACAUGAUAUUCGGUAUCAUAGCUGAUAGAAUGGGGAGAAAAAUUCCCCUUAUUAUCGCGGUGUUGAUCCAAUCGGUGACUGGUUUGGCGAGUGCCUUCGCACCAUGGUACGAAUUAUUUUUGGCAUUGAAAUUUCUUGCCGCCCUUGCAACCGGAGGAACAAUGCUUAUCAGUUUCGUAUUGCUUAUGGAAAUCGUCGGAGUAAAUUGGCGAUCGAAUUGUUCGGUAUUAUUUCACGUACCGUUCAUGCUUGGCCAUUUGCUGAACCCGGCGAUCGCCUAUUUGACUAGAACUUGGAGUGGAUUCCAAAUAGCGGUAUCGGUACCACCGAUAUUGUUGCUCUCCUAUUACUGGAUUAUCCCGGAGUCGCCCAGAUGGCUGUUGGCGGUUGGUCGAGUAGAGGAGGCUGAGGCUGUCCUGACGAAAGCUGCGAAACGGAACGGAAUUUCACUGGAUAAAGUAAAAGCUGCGAUCGGGUGGCACGAAAAUCACAAAGCGGAGAGGGAUUUCAAGCACGGUGAAAAAAAGUAUAACAUCACUCAUCUGUUCAGAACACCGAAUUUGCGAACGAAAACGAUAUGCGUAUGUUUCAACUGGCUCGCCUGCGGCAUAUGUUUUUUCGGAUUGGCUCAGUACGUCGGUUACCUGAGCGGUGAUAUUUUCAUCAACGUUGCCGCUUCCGCGGCGAUGGAGUUACCUGGUACGGUGUUGGUGCUAUUUUUGAUCUCGAGGGUGUCGCGACUGAAAAUUUUGAUGGCCGGAAAUCUUAUCUCGUCACUGAGCGUUCUCCUGCUCAUAUUCAUAACCGAUCCUACUUUCCGGGUCUGCCUGGCGACUCUCGGACUCGUUGGAAUGUCGAUAAGUUUCCCUACGGUCUACCUUUACAGUUCAGAGGCAUUUCCUACCGUCGUUAGAAAUGUUGGAAUUGGAUUGGCGAGUCUUUGCGCGAGAACGGGAAGUAUGGUCGCACCUUACAUCGCCACUAUGAACGCCGUUCAACCCUGGCUACCUCCCGUCUUGUUCAGCGUUUGCCCGUUAAUCGGUGUUUGUCUUUGUUUCCUUUUACCGGAAACGAUGAAUUGCGAACUUCCGGAAACCAUUGAGGACGGUGAAAAUUUUGGAAAUUUGGAUCUUGUUUCAGAAAAAAAUCCAUUAUUGAGUCGAGCGAUACGUAGGGAAGCUUCCAAAGCUAAAUACGGAAGUAAAAACAACGGACAAGGUUUGUGAUGAAAAAUUUUUUUAUAUA